AUGAGUGUAGAGGACGGGGGUAUGCCAGGCCUGGGCCGUCCCAGGCAGGCCCGCUGGACCCUGAUGCUACUCCUGUCCACUGCCAUGUAUGGUGCCCAUGCCCCAUUACUGGCACUGUGCCAUGUGAACGGCAGAGUGCCCUUCCGGCCCUCCUCAGCUGUGCUGCUGACUGAGCUGACCAAGCUACUGUUGUGCGCCUUCUCCCUCUUGGUGGGCUGGCAAGCAUGGCCCCAAGGGGCUCCUCCAUGGCGCCAGGCUGCCCCCUUUGCGCUAUCAGCCCUUCUCUAUGGCGCUAACAACAACCUGGUGAUCUAUCUUCAACGUUACAUGGACCCCAGCACCUAUCAGGUGCUGAGCAAUCUCAAGAUUGGAAGCACGGCCCUGUUCUACUGCCUCUGUCUCCGGCACCGCCUCUCUGCACGCCAGGGCUUGGCACUGCUGCUGCUGAUGGCAGCAGGGGCCUGCUAUGCAGCUGGUGGCCUCCAAGACCCUGGAAGCACCCUUCCUGGGCCCCCUCUAGCAGCUGCUGCUGGCCGCAUGUCCCUGCAUAUCACUCCACUGGGACUGCUGCUUCUCAUCUUGUACUGCCUCAUCUCGGGCCUGUCAUCCGUGUACACAGAGCUGCUCAUGAAGCGACAGCGGCUGCCCCUAGCACUUCAGAACCUCUUCCUCUACACUUUUGGUGUGCUCCUGAACCUAGGUCUGCACGCAGGUGGUGGCCCUGGCCCAGGCCUCCUGGAGGGUUUCUCUGGUUGGGCAGCGCUUGUGGUACUGAGCCAGGCACUAAAUGGACUGCUCAUGUCAGCUGUCAUGAAGCAUGGCAGCAGCAUCACACGGCUCUUUGUUGUGUCCUGCUCCCUGGUGGUCAAUGCCGUGCUCUCAGCAGCCUUGCUGCGGCUGCAGCUCACAGCUGCCUUCUUCCUGGCCACGCUGCUCAUUGGCCUGGCUGUGCGCCUGUACUAUGGCAGCCGCUAGUCACUGACCAUCUCCACCCGGACUCCUGACUCUAUAGAUUGGGCGCCACCAUCAGAGCCACCUCCGAGGCCUCCCUACCCUUCUUCAGCAGCCAGCCCUGUAACAAGUGCCUUGUGACAAAAGCUGGGGAAGUGGGAGUAGCCAGGUUAGUCUCUGGAGGUGGGUGGAUGAAGGGUUACCCCAGGAAACUUGAAGACUGGGUUUGCCCUGAAGUUUUUCCAGAAUAAGGAAAUGGGAGAGCAUCAAUACCUAGGCCUUAGAAGUGACCCCAUCCCCAGUGGAGGAGGCUCUCCACCUCAUCCUGCAUGAAUACAGUUGCUUUGAGUGGGUUUGGGCAACAGUUGGCUUUCCUAGCCUCCUGUGGUCACCCCAGCAGACCCAUUGCCCCCAGGCCUGGUACUGGCUACUCCGGCCCAGCUGUGGUACAUGACUCCCCCAUAAGAGAUAUCCCCCCCCCCCCCGCCCCCACCCACUGUAAUGCAGGAAAGCCUAAUUGCCACAGAUUAUACACCCGUCAUCCAGGCUACUCUUUCAAACUGCCCUAGCUCCAGCGGUACCUGGGGACAUUGCCCCCUGCUCCCUCCACAGUGCUGCUCUCCACACCCACCCAGCCUUUUUCUGGAGACCCCAGAGAGGGCUGGAGCUUGACUCAUCUCAGGGAAUGUUGCCCCUGGGCCCUGGCUUAAGGCUACACUCCUGACCUCUCUGCUCACCCCAAGGGCCCUCUCAAAGCCCACUGUCCCCUCUACAACUCCUAGGAGGUACCAUUUUUCUCACUCUGGGUCCUGCCCCUGCCUAGCACUGUCCCAGCUCUACACAAGAGUGUAGUAAUCCACACAGAUUAGGGAAGCUCUACACAGAGUGACCUGGAACCAGGCACAGGGAAAUUUGGUGUAGUUCAAUCAGUGUUUCUAACUGUAAGCAAUAAGGUCUUAAUAAAGUAUUCUGGGGUGCAGGUGGUUCCUGCAAUUGGC